GUAUCACCACUCUUCAUCACUCGCAGCAGAGCAAAAUGGCUUCCAGUACUAAUCUGUUCUUCACAUUCUCCAUUCUCCUCUCGCUCAUCUUCUACAGCACUCACUCUCCAUGCCAUGCCGCUCGCUCUCUGCUUGAAAACGACGACGAGCCCGACAUAUCUCCUUAUCCAGAUUUCCCAGAACUUCCCAAGCCUGAAUUGCCUCCAUUUCCUAAGCCUGAGUUACCCCCAUUGUUUCCUGAGCUUCCUCCCUUUCCUGAGAUCCCUGGUUUUCCUAAGCCUGAACUCCCUUCAUUUCCGGAGAUUCCACAUGAUUUGCCGAAGCUUGAGUUUCCACCACUGCCUGAGCUACCGCACGUAUUGCCAGAAGAGCAGAAGCAUCCAUGAGGUUAACAUGUCAGCUCAGUGCUGAGCUAAUUAAUGUUCCAUCUUCAUCGUAGUCCAUCCUUCAGUUCUUAAAUCUGUUUUUUCUUUUUUCUCCUCCAUGUUUAUCAGAUUUGUUUACGUACGUAUUUAAUAUGAUGGAUGCUGUUGUAAGGUUGAGCAGAUGUGGAGCAGCUGCUUAUGGUUAUGGAGAUAAUUACGUAUAUG